UAGUCGAGGAAUAGUAACGCGCGUGGCGGUUCGCGACAACGAAAUCACGAUGGUUGUUCCAGCUUUGGCUCUGAUUUAUCCCAGCCUGAUCGGCGCCCUGCUGCAGGCCAAUUACACGAUCAUGCCGGACGAAACCGGAACAGCAUAUUUGGUCAAACUAGACCAUGCACCGCUAACUUUAAACGAAAUUAAGGAAUUGGCCGACAACAUCGAUACCAUCACCUUCACGCUCUUCACUCGACAAAACCCGACAAAUGGACAAAGAUUGGAGCUGAACAAUGUCAACAGUGUCUCGAGUAGCCACUGGAACUCGAAUAGACCGACGGUCAUAGUCACUCAUGGUUGGAAAAGCAGUGGCAACUCUAACUCCUGCACGAUGGUCCGCGAUGCUUACAUCAAGGCUAUGGACUGCAACGUGAUCAUCGUAGACUGGAGUACGAUAGCCAACAAUCUGGUAUAUUCGACGGUCGCGAAAAGCGUGCCAGCCGUAGCUGACCGUGUCGCGUCUUUCUCUAGUUUCCUCCGUUCAAGGAUGAAUCUCAGAGCCAGUACUACGAAGAUGAUUGGACACUCCCUAGGUGCACACGUUGUGGGAUUGGCGGGACGAAAACUGGCAAACUCCGGUGUAGUCUCGGAAAUUACCGGCCUUGACCCGGCCAAACCGAUGUUCGAAAGCAAAGGUCCCGAUGGGAGAAUCGACAGUUCGCAAGCGAGAAUCGUUGAAAUUAUUCACACGGCUGCUGGCAAACUGGGCCUCGACAAAGCAGUAGGUACCUCUGAUUUCUACGCCAACGGAGGCAGUAGCCAACCAGGAUGCUCCACCGACUUACUCGGCUCCUGCGCUCAUUCUCGCAGCUACCAGUAUUUCAGUGAAUCUGUCGUAAGUCCAAGGGCUUUCCCCAGUACUCCAGUGAAAGGAGAUAAGAUCGAGUACAUGGGUGGACCGAAUCUUAGUUCCAGUGCCACAGGCUCUUACAAUUUCAAAACUUCAAGUCAGCCACCUUACGCCCCAGGUGGUUAACUCUACUCUUUAAAUUUGUUAUAAUAUUAAUAAUGUUAAUAUAAACUGACUUUUAGUUUUUUAAA